AUGACUUCCAUUCAGGAAGACACUGAAGAUUAUUUCAACAUCGAUUUCAGAGUUAUUUCUCAUGCAACUUCACCUGAGACGGGGCUUCAUGAAUCAACAUCGUUUCCCGUGUUUGAAUCACCUUUCUUGAUGCCAUGCGAGGAAUUACUCCAAGAUGUUCCCGGAUUUCUUCGCAGAAAUUUAGCCAAUUAUCUCAAUGAGCCAGACUUUCAUCUGCUAGCUUCUCAAAUCAUAUCUUACUAUCAAGAGGCACUCCAAUAUACUAUCUUUCAAGCUGCCAAUUCUCGUAUAAUACCUUUAAAUCUUGAUAUAUUAUUACCCUCUCAAUACGAAGCAAAUCAAGAUUUGAUUGAGAUUGGUGACGAUGAUCCUGAGUUGAUGGAAGUGUAUCAAGCUAUAGAGCAAUCCAUGCAACAAUUAUCUACAAGACCAACUUCAAAUAAGGCAAUAGCAUCGCUCAAGAAAUUGAAAAUUUCCAGAGACGAAAUGAAGGCAGACUUGUGCAGCAUUUGCUUAGAAAAUUUUGAAGACGACGAAGAUGCCUCAGCAAUGCCAUGCAACCAUAUUUAUCACCGUGAUUGUAUUGUAACAUGGCUGAAAACAAAUCACACAUGUCCAUUGUGUCGCUUUCAAAUGCCUGUGGAAUGA